UACAGAAGUGGGCGAGCAAUUGUGCGCCUGUCAUGUAGGGUGUCGCCGUGCUGACUCCUAUUGCAGAGACGGCGGCGGUCGUCUUACUUUAAGUUCUAAUCUCUCCGGGAAAAAAAAGAUCACUAACUUUGCAAAAGCGGGUACAUACUCAGAGUUUUCAAUGGCUAAGAAGACGUACGACUUGCUAUUCAAGCUGCUUCUCAUCGGAGAUUCAGGCGUGGGGAAGACCUGUGUGCUGUUCCGCUUCUCUGACGACGCCUUCAACACAACCUUUAUCUCCACCAUAGGAAUAGACUUCAAGAUCAAAACUGUGGAACUACAAGGAAAGAAGAUCAAACUACAGAUCUGGGACACAGCGGGCCAGGAACGGUUCCACACCAUUACCACCUCCUACUACAGAGGAGCCAUGGGCAUCAUGCUGGUCUAUGACAUCACCAACGCCAAGAGCUUCGAGAACAUCAGCAAAUGGCUGCGCAACAUUGAUGAGCAUGCAAAUGAGGAUGUUGAGCGAAUGCUACUAGGCAACAAGUGCGACAUGGAGGACAAGAGGGUUGUACCGAAAGCCAAGGGAGAGCAGAUUGCGAGGGAGCACGGCAUCAGGUUUUUUGAAACCAGCGCCAAGGCCAACAUCAACAUUGAGAAAGCCUUCCUCACGUUAGCAGAAGACAUCCUCAGAAAGACGCCUGUAAAGGAGCCCAACAGUGAAAAUGUGGACAUCAGCAGCGGGAGCGGAGUGACGGGCUGGAAGAGCAAGUGCUGCAGUUGAACGACUCAUACCGACACACGUGCACGCACGACAAUUCUCUCCGUUUCUCUAACAUCUUAACUCUUUUACCCUCUAACCCAGGGGUGUCCAAAGUCGGUCCCUCAAGGGCCGCUGUCCUGCCCGUUUUCCAGCUCACCCAAGAGCAACACACCCGAUUCAAAUAAUCAGGAAUGUUCUAAUGCUGCUUCAGAGCCGAUCAUCUGAAUCAGGUGUGUUGCAGCCAGGAAAGCUGGAAAACAGGCAGGACAGUGGCCCUCCAGGCCUGGAGCUGGACAUGCCUGCUCUAAUCCCUCUCAUGAAUUUUCUUGCACACUUGACACUCUUAUCAGAAUAAAACAAUAAACCACUUCAUUCAUGCAUUCAUUCAUUCAUCCAUUCAUCUAACCCACACCCUCCCACCACUUUUUUUCCACUCUCCACCUGAUGAGCUCCACUGAUGUUUGUCGUUUUGUUUUAAAGAUUAAAAAAAAAAAAGACAAGCUCAUUUUUGUAAAAUUUCUUUUUGAUUGAGCUCAGCCCUUAUCAACCCCCCCCCACCCACAAAUCCCUUUCCCCCCCACAGCCACCUUGAUGUCCCCUCAACCUCUUUGGACACUCAUCUCCCCUGAAGUGUUUUCUCAAUUACAAUUUGUUACCAAGUGACAGAGGUGUGGCGAGCUCCUUUUGUAAUGCGGGGUUUCUUUUGUCCUGUGCCUUAUAUGGAAGACAGGGGCGGGGCUGUGUCAUGGGCGGAGCCACAUCCACCCAUUGAAAUUACUUUACUAAAUCGUUUUUUUCAGUUUGCGUUUCCGACCGGGGUCAAGCUGAUGCAGAAGCGUUUGAAUUUUCCUUCAGCCAAGAGAACGGCAUUAUAUGUCCUCUUUAUCAAUGUCUCAUUUUUACCUUCAUGAUUUAUUUGACUGUUUUUUUGUUGUUGUUGGUGGUUUUCUCUUCCCAAUUUGGAUUACUCUUUGUUUUUUUUUUCCCCUGCAUGCAGAUUUCUUUGGGUUGUAAGCGUUUCUGUAACAUUAUGUAAGGUAUGCCACUGGGUAACUGUGGGCGGGAAGUUCACAAGUUCUCUUUGGAAAUUCAAACAGUUUUGCAGAUCCAUUAAAAAUAAGCUUGUUUAAGUUAA